UUAUAUUCUUAAAAAUUUACCACCCCCAGUAAUUUUGUAAAUAAUUCAAAUCACAAAAUCCCAGUCUUUCUCAACACCAACCUCCGCGGUGCCGUGCGUGCAAUUAGAAUCAAAAGAAGGCGGGUUGCUUACUCUAAAAGCACGACUGAGACCCUGCAAUUAGUCAGUAUUUGAGUGACUGUUAACACAGAAGAGACCAGAUAAAAGCCACCGAUCACCACCGCCAUUGCCAAUUCGCCAGCAGCAGCAUUGGAAGGGAAGUGAAAUUACCGAUGAGACCCAAAAGUGGGAAAGGGAAUUGGAGCUCCAAGUUCAAGUUCAAGGGCAUACUCGGAUUGCCCACCACUUUGAUCUUCUGCUCCUUCUUCUUCCUUGCUGGCUUCUAUGGUUCCUCCCUCCUCUCCCAGCAUGUGAGUGGUGGUGGUAAUAGGCUGAGAGCGAGACUGUUGGAGACAGAUUACAAUUCGAUGCCUUAUGGCAAGACCGGUGACGAUUCUUUAACUUCCAUUCCCUUUCAGGUUUUGAGUUGGUAUCCGCGAGCAUUAUAUUUUCCUAAUUUUGCAACUGCGGAGCAAUGCGAAAGCAUAAUCGGUUUGGCAAAACCACGCCUUAAACCAUCGAUUUUGGCUUUGCGAGAAGGAGAGACAGAGGAAAGCACAAAGGAUAUACGAACAAGUUCAGGCGUGUUUCUUUCUGCUUCUGAUGAUAAAUCCGGGACUUUGGAUGUGAUUGAGGAAAAGAUUUCAAGGGCUACAAUGCUUCCCAGGACACACGGAGAGGCAUUUAACGUCUUGCGCUAUGAGAUCGGGCAGAAGUAUAAUUCUCAUUAUGAUGCAUUCCACCCUGAUCAAUAUGGUCCUCAGAAGAGCCAAAGGGUUGCAUCAUUCUUGUUGUAUUUAAGUGAUGUUCAAGAAGGUGGUGAAACCAUGUUUCCUUACGAGAAUGGCUCAAACACGGAUGGAACCUAUGAUUUUCGGGAAUGUGUUGGUUUGAAAGUGAAGCCACGCAAAGGGGAUGGACUUCUGUUUUAUUCAUUGCUUCCAAAUGGUACAAUUGAUAUGUUAGCAUUACACGGGAGCUGUCCUGUAAUCGAAGGGGAAAAAUGGGUAGCUACAAAGUGGGUCAGGGAUCAAGAACAAGAGGAUUAGUUGCUAAUAUAUUGUUGCAUAAUGCUCAAAUUUUAUCUUCACUUGAGCAUUAAGCACACAACAACAGCCGGCGGCAGGGGGGGUCUUUUGUGUUAUAGAUCGGAAUCUUGAGAAGUUUUCCGUCGUGUUAACGGCUUGUAUCUCGUCUAGCAACUGAAUUAAAUAAAUGAUGUGUGGCAGGUAAAAAUAAGAUGUAUUUUCAUGUGCAAGAAUUUUGACAA